GAGAAAAGAUUGAUGAAGAAAUUGUUUACGGAUUAUUCGACACAAAUUAGGCCUGUGCAAUCGCCAAACACUAGCCUGUCAAUUUACAUGGAGUAUGUCAUUAAAACUUUACACAACAUUAAUGAAAAAGAUCAAACUAUCACAACAUUCGGAUGGCUCAUGAUGAAAUGGAUAGAUGAAUACCUAAUUUGGAACAUCAGCGAGUACAAAGUAGACAACCUCGUUUUGGAAUCUAGCAAAAUAUGGUUACCGGAUCUUCUGGUUAGAAACAGUAUUGACAAUAUAAACGGCGAGUUGUUCGGAUCGUCGAAAUACAAAGCUAUCGUUUAUUCCAAUGGGAGCGUAUCCUAUGCAACAGCGGGAAAGACAAGUACUUUGUGUGGCCUGGAUAUGACAUAUUUUCCGUUCGACACACAAUUCUGCGACAUACACAUUGACAGUUGGACAUACACGGACAGUCAAGUACAGAUUAGAAGGAAGACGAAAAAACUUGAUAUAUCGAGUUACAGAUAUAACGGUAUAUGGGAUUUAAUUGAUACCGAGGUGCACCCAUACUCAGAAUACAACAAUUCUCAAAUCAAAUUUUGUAUGCGUUGGAAAAGAUGUCCCGUGUAUCACAUAACAAGCAUUCUUAUUCCAUGCUCAAUCAUGUCAAUAAUUACGCUGUUCGUGUUCCUCUUACCUCCUGAUUCGGGCGAAAAGAUCAGUCUCAGCAUAACUGUGCUACUAUCUUUUACCGUUUUCCAAAUUUCUGUGGAAGAAAAACUGCCAGAGAGAUCGGACAACAGACCACUGCUAGCCAUUUAUAUUCUCGCGACGAUGGUGUUGACGGCGUUGUCUUUACUGUGCACUAUCAUCGUUCUUACGCUGCACCAUCAAAAUUAUCACAGUCCUCCUCCAAAAUGGUUGAAAUGUUUUGUACUUGACUGGGUGCGAAAAUUACUUUUUCGUAAAGAACCAAUGGCAUACCGAAGUUCAAGUAAAAUACGCAGACAAUUUGGGCAUAAGAAGAAAGAUUACAGAAAAGAAAUGAAACAAGAGGAACACUCAAAGCACUGCGUUAACGCCAUCUAUAUGAAAAUGAUGAAAGAUGCCGACACGGAAAAGAUGAAGACAGAAUGGAUGAGAAUCGCCAUGGUUUUCGAUAGAGUCUUUGGAGUUUUAUUCACUAUAUGCAUAAUGUCUCUCAACGUUACCACAUUUUGCAUGCUGAUCUUUGUAGCGCCAGAUGCCAAACAGAAGAUCAGAUGUGACCAACAUGAUCUAGGCUGA